CAGUGGGGGAUGUAGGAGCGGAGUAGGCAGGAUAGAGGGGUCCCACAGGGAAGGGGACUUCGUGCACACGCCCAAACAAGCAGGGCACCUACCGCACUCCACCACUUGCCUGCCGCACUCCACCACUUGCCUGCCGCACUCCACCACUUGCCUACCGCACUCCACCACUUGCCUGCCGCACUCCACCACUUGCCUACCCACUCCAUACCUCGCCUAUUGCACUCCAUGGCUCACCAGGGAAGCAGGAGGGCAGGCCGGCGAGGUGGGUGGGUUCGAAGGAGGGGAGCUUCAAGGCGCAUUUGCAGGAGGGCAGCAGGACAGAGGGAUCCCAUGGGGACCGCGCCUUAGAGCAUGUGCCCAUGCCGCAGGGGAGAACGGGAGAGUGGGUGCAGUAGUCAGUGUCUGUCAAGGGGGACGAGGACGGUGUCCAGGAGGAGAGGGCGACAGGGGAAGGCAGGCGGCCAGGGGGGGGAGGGAGAGCAGCGCUGGUGAACCCAACGAACAGCUGCCCAAAGGAUGGCAACGAUAG